AUGCCCUUCGUCGACAUCCACAGCGCAGAUGACUAUGCCUCCAUCUACUAUUUCACAAACACAACCUACUCCAAUGUCGGUGCAUUCGACCCCGAGAAGCCCACAGUCGUCGUCCUCCACCCUGUAUUUUUAGAUUCGACGUGGCUCGAUACCCAACUCGGUGACCCAAGACUACAUAAGAAUUUCAACCUCAUUGCCUUCGACAUGCGUUCGUCUGGCAAAUCUAUAUGUCGCCCAAACCCCGCCCAUGAUAGCUGGGUGGACGCUGCAGACCUGGCGAUAUGUUUUCAGCGACUCCAUCUACCGCCCAGUCAUAUUCUCGCGUUGGAAGGCACGUCUGUGUGUUGUGCUCUUCGUUUUGCGGUAUUGUUCCCGGAACUCUGUCUCAGCCUAGCCCUAGUUAACAUCCCUGCGCCUACUGAACUGAAAUGGGUAUACAACAAUAUCGACCAUCUUGUACAUGCUGCCAGUUUUGCAGAAGACCUAGAAUCGUUUGAGCAUGCAGCGACCGAACUGAUACAUUUUAUCUUUGGGCAAGAAACAGAUCCAGAUCUAGUUGAGGAACUCGUACAGUAUUGGGAAAUCAACUAUCCUCCUUCAAGACGGCUUCGCGCAACCGAGACUGCUAACGUGUACAUUAACCGAGCGCCUCUGAGCUCAGAUGCACUGGCCUCAAUAACACAGCCAGUCGUGAUUAUUCAUGGCGAUAAAAACGAAAUAUGUCCAGUAAAGUACGCGGAACGUCUUCAGAAAGAGUUGAAAGGCCUCGAAAAGCAAGCAGUUUUGUAUAUGGUAAAAGGAGGGUCGUCCAUGAUCUCUAUAAUUAAUGGAUGUGCAUCUAUUGUCAAUAAUGUUUUCCUCAAAUUUCUUGAUCAGCUCCCUCCUGCCCGGUCAGACCUUGAGCCACCUUUGAUGCCCGUUGAAGAUCGUAUGAGAGCGGCUCUACAAACCCUCUCAGAAGUUACUGGACGUGAUAUAACCAAUUUGGACCCCAUGUCCUGCAUUUCGUUCUCGUGUUUAUCACAGGAGGCGCUCAAAAUACAAACUCUCGCACUGAAACACUAUCAGGAAGAUUUGAGCGAAGCUUUUACUCCUGACCCUGUAGAAGGCAGAGCAUUGAGAAGUUCUGGCAAAGAACCAGAUGAGUGGUCAUAUGUCGAACAUGGAAGGUCAUCUAUCAACAGCACCGUCAUUCAACCUUCCGAGCGUAUCAAGCUACAGGACUUAGAACGCGGACAACAACAAAGACCACCAGUUCGAGUUGAAACUCAACAUCUACCGCCCGAUGCGGCACCGCUUCUCAAGGGCUUCCUGGUCGCGGGACCAGUACCAAAUGGAAGUACAACGAACCUAAAGAAACAUAAACCUAGGGUCAACGACAAUCCUCAGUCGGCAACAGUGCCGUUACAACGGAUGUUGGCCUCGCCAUUCUAA